CGGAAGUGGCAGUGACACAACUUCCUUGGCAACAAGAAGCUUGCUACCCAGUGGAUUUAUGUUAGCACGUUUGGCUAAAUGCGUCCAUUAAAAACGUUUUCUGAAUUACGUACUUCAUUUUAACGUUGUUUUAUUUUACUGUUGUAUUCAAUAAUUGAGAUAAUUGCUGCUAAAUGUGAAGUUAACAUUAGCGAGCUGACUCUACGGUAGCUCGUUGGGCCAUUAACACUUCGCACCGUUUACCGCACCAUGUCUCUGGCGACAUGAAUCUCCCGCGGUGGUGUCGUGCCGUUCAGAUACUUCUCGUCUUGUGUGGACGUUUAGUUCACGCAGUCACAGAAUCGGGGGUCACUUCAAGCGUUAAUGUCAGCCCCACAGAUGUGGAGUCUCUGAGCUCAGUGACCCCGGCUCCGGGCGGUACACAGGCCGUGGACCCCCCCAGUGUCGGCACCACUACGGCGGCCACCGAGGGCUCCACCGUGGGCUCCACCGAGGGCUCCACCGGCUCCACCGUGGGCUCCACCACCGCCCAGCCUGUGCUCACUUCAGAGGGUUGUCUCUGUGAUUUAACCCCUGAUUUCUGUGACAUCGGCUGCUGUUGUGACACAGUUGAUUGCGGCAUUGCGAACUUGAGCACCAUCUUCACGGGAUGUCCACAGAAAGCCAUAUCGGGAGUUUGCAUUGAGAAAUGGUUGAUGUUCAGGGCUAACGUGGAUUCCUCUCUUGUCACUGUGACUGACUCCUUGUUUUGUGUCCGGCCUAAAGAUAAUGCCCCCCCGUCCCUCCCAGCUCUACCUCAGCAUCCAGCUUUAGGGGAUUCGUACCACUUCUCACCACCAGCACCUACAACCAGCACCCACAGCAGAGAUUUCUACCGGGCUGAUGAUGUCAUCCAGACGUAUUUCUCCAGCUCGUCUGCGCGGGGUCUCCUUCGUCAGCCUUCUCCAGGGGCUGCAGCUACAUUCUGUGUCAACCGCAACCCUGCAAAGUUCUUGAGGUCUGUGUCUCUGUCUUGUUCCCGCGCGUUAACUCCUCAGUCAUGCACCACAGACCCAAAUCUCAACGCCCGCUCCUACUUCUCUGACUUGAGUCUGAUCAAGAUUCCAACAGUCCAGACGGCACAAGUGUCAGACCUUCUGAUCCCUGUUACUCCGCUGUUCGACUGGCCUGCGCCGAGCGAACAAAACAACUCCUGUGUCAAUGUGGUGAAAAAAGUUCAGUUUGUCAUAGGGUACACAGCCCGAGGGGAGCUCACAUAUGCAACAGUGAACGUAGUCUUAGCUGAUGUGGAUCCAAAUCAGUUGCUGCUGCAGACGCACUCUGUACAGUUCCAGCUGGCAACACCCAGCAGCACUGCAGGAGGACCGGUCCCUGCUCUCGGACUUAGAGCGGGAUCCCCUGUCAUUGGUCGCUUUGAUGGAGAAGUGCAGCCUCUGAGCACACUGGGGGUGUCACAGAGCGGGGAGUGUUCCUCUGACCCCAGCAGACGAGCGCCCAUCCUCUUCACACACAACACUAUCACUGGUUGCACAUUCAGUUCCUCAUCUAGUGACUGUUCAGAGCUGCGUUCCCAGGUUUACGGGAUCUUGCAGGGACUUGCUACUCCUGAUGUGAUCGCCAUGAAUUCGGGCUCCCAACCUGACUGGACGAGAGUCAUCACCCAGGAGUGUCCCGUCAGCCUGCAGGAAACAUGUGAAUCAGGAUGCGUCCUCCCCAACUCUCUCUCUAUCCGAGUGCUGUGGGCCCGCCAGGGUCUCUUAGACCAUCCCCAGAACUACAUUCUUGGAGCCAAAUACCUUUUCCAGUGUCAAAAUGUCAAGUGUCCUAUAUCGUCCCCUAUUGCUCUAACCACUGAAGUGACGUUUGUCGACACUACGGUUUACCCAGAACCGCCCAGGGGCUUACCUCAGCCGAACUGGAAGUUUCCAUUUGGUUUCUUCACUAGAGGCACUGCUGAGCUGGACGGGCAUGUUGUCAUUAACGCCAGUGGCACUGAGAAGGUCACAUGGAGUUUAAUGCUGUUCACAGUAAUGUUACUAACAGGAUUAGAAUUCUUCACUAGCUAGUUGGAUCGCUAUCAGGGAAGUUUCGAGGGCUCC